GGGUGUAUGCGGAAGUGCCGGGACUGAUGGCUGGGGAGCAGCGCAGGCCGAGAAGCUCCGGGGCAGCCUGGGACGUGGACCCCAUGGAACGAUUCAUCUGCCCCAUCUGCCUAGAGGUGUAUCUGGACCCGGUGCGGGUCACCUGCGGCCACAUAUUCUGCUCCUCCUGCCUCCAACAGUGUAUGAAGCAGAAAAGUCCUAUCUGUGCCGUUUGUCGUUCUGCCCUGAGCCCAAGCUGGAAAGCCUCGGACCUGGAGAGGCAGAUGCGGGACAUCCAGGCCUCAUGUAAAGGUUGUCAUAUACAGAUGGCCCUGUCAAACAUGCGCAGCCACUCCGCCACUUGUUCCAAGUAUGAGAGCUACGUUAUGGAGGGGAUUAAGUCGGUGAAGAAGGAACAGACGCAGGUUGUCAGUGAUGUCCCUAACCGCUUCACCUUUAUCUGUCCAUACUGUCGGCAGCAGAACCUGGACCAGGAGGGUUUGGUGGAACAUUGCAAUAAAUUUCACUUCUCUGACCCAACCCCAGUGGUUUGCCCUAUUUGUGCCUCCAUGCCCUGGGGAGACACCAGCUACAGGAGCUCCAAUUUCAUGGAGCACAUCCACCGCCGACACAGGUUCUCAUAUGAUACAUUUGUGGAUUACAGCGCUGAUGAGGAUGCCAUGAUGCGUGAAGCUCUGGUACGAUCCCUAACGGACAAUUGAGAAUAUCGGUGACUGAAGAUGCCAUGCACAUUGUCUAGCUCUACAUGUUUUGCUGCUCUUCUGCAGUUGGAUAAUCCAUGUAAUGGGAUAGGCUGCUGAUGAGUGGAUAGCGUCUGUUCUGUUUAGACACUGAUCUUGGGUGUGUCUUCACCGCUCAGUGUGUCCAGGUGAUAGAUGUCACUGUAGCUGACGCCCCUCUCCCUAUAUAAUGUUCUGUUAUAAUAACUUUAGUGUACAGGUUUCUAUGUGUAUUCAUGUAUUUUGUAGUCAGGGAGAUAACAAGAUCUUUGUAUAAUGUAUACCGCUGGAUUUUAUAUCUGAUUUUCUUUAUUGCAUUCAGUUGAUUAUAACCUUCUUAUUGGGUCAAUGUUUAUUUUUAUUUUUAUUUUUACACAUAUAUCUUAAAGGGAGUCUGUCAGCAGUUCUGAUCAUGCUAAACUGCUGGAAGCAUUAGGUAGAUGCCAGGGAGAGCAGGACAAACCUACCUAAUGUGUAUUGUUUAUCAUAAGGAGUAGUCUGAAUAUGAAGUUUUAUUCUGCCAUAUUCUGUUUCUGCCCAGGAGGCGGAGCUAUUUGCAUUGUACUGCUUCUCAGCUCCUCCUUUCUACUCUGAGUGGCUUCUGUAGCAUCCAGCCAGGAGACAACUCCACUGUCACUCAGAGCAGAGGAGAGGAUCUAUGAAGAAGGUCAAUGCCGAGAGGAGUUCACACUGAAGCGGAGUGUAAUCUAGCAGAAUAAAACUGUCAUAUUCUUACUACACCUAUUUGUCCUGUUCUCCUCAGCUCCUACCUAGUGCUGUCAGCAGUUUAGCAUGGUCAGAACUGCUGACAGUCUCCCUUUAAAGUUUCCUUUUUAACUCUUCAUAGGAUGUAGUCUCUCUAGUCUGAGUUCAUCAUGCACAACCUCAGGGCGAGAUAUAUUAAACAUGUUCAAGGCUUUUUCUUUUCCUCCUCAGAUCAGCUCCUCUGUCACCUAUCCUGGCUUUUCUGUUGGGAAAUGAUUUGCUCCUUCGUGCAUAAAUAUAAUGUUUUUAUGAACAAUAAAUCAUCAGGCAGUUAUUUUACUUAUAGGGAUUCUUCGGGAAUACUGAUCUUUUACCAAGUGCCCGCAGUCUGCCUCUCCAACAGAACAUACCUAUAAGUGUGGGCCAUUUACUCAAAACAUUAUUAUGCAGGUGCUGACAUAAAACAACACAAAAAUCGCCUAUAUAAAAUACCAAAAUACACUGCAACGCAUGUUAGAAAUAUUUCCAAAUGAUCUUUAUUG